GAUGAUUCCAGCAGGAACACAGGCGGAUGCAGUAUUGAAGCAGGUCAAACAGUUCGUUCAGAACGCCUGGACGUCCAAUCAGUCCAAAACCAGCCAUCCACAGCUACAACAGUUUCUCAUCAACGUCGAGAAAGCUUAUCAAUUGUUUACGAUUGUCUUUUUAACGAAGAACACUUGGUGAUUCCAACCAAAUUUCGUGAUCAAGUUCUGCUGGGUCAUUAAACUUUAUAAAUCAUAGUUGGCAUCGAUUUAAUCUUUGUCAAAAUAUCAAAAUGGCGACCCCGAAGCCAGGAACAUCUAGAUCCAACAUUUCCGGAGCCAACGCUUCUCAAAUUAUCGAACCAUCGGAUUAUUCGCUAGACACGGAAUUCCACUAUUAUUGUGCUCUGUUGCAAGAAUUGAUUCCAAACCUUCGCAACUCUGAGGAUCAGGAGCUCGCAAACCGUUGGCUCACGAAGUUGGUCGAGCCGUCUCUGAAUGUGCGCAAUCUACGCGAUAAACGGAACCGUUUCCUGAUGAUGCUUUGCAUAAGCCUUUUCAGCGGACACAUUCAGGCCCCAUUCAGUGCUGCACCCGUUGCAAAACUGCCGGAAACUUCCUCGCUUAGAAGACCUACGUUUACUCCUCCCGCGUGGCAUGUCAGUGCUGGGGAAUGGAAAGAUCACCUGUUGCUUCUCUCGGAACUGUACAAAAAGCUCAAAGUCCCAGCCUUUCGAAAAUGUCAAGCUCAUGCCAAACAGUGUACCGGUGGUAAAGAUGCUAGAUCUACUUUCCUAGAUCGUCAGUUCGAGUUCUUCUUGUAUCUAACAAAAUCCUACAUGAAAUCGCUGACGUCCUACCCUGAGCUAAGAAUUGCCUGCAAAUGGAUAGAGGUCCUCUCUCAAAUUGACAGAAACUGUUGUGCCCGAGCCAAAGGGAUUCGCAACGACCAUCUGCUGGCGUUGAUGAGCUAUCUUUUGCAGCAUCAAUUGAUGGGUCCGUUUCGCAGGUUACCCAGCCAUCCGCUGGAGCCACUUAUGGAAACGGCUCGUAAAGCUGCCAACAAUAAACCCAUGAAUCGGGCCGAUGGACUGGGACUCGAUGCAGGCGAUGAUUUUCUAAGUCAAUUCCCAAUUCCGGAAGAGGGUGCCUAUGCCUACAUUUCACUUACAUCGGAUCUCUUCGAAAAAGCUGGGUUAAUAAUAAAUUCGUAGUAUCAUAAGGUGUGAUUUAUUUCCAAACCGGUUAACAAAUCUCACAAUUGUAUUUCAUAAUGAUAAUAAAUCUUCAAGCUGUGAGCAUGAACAUA